CUGUUUCUAUUACCAACCGGCAAAGAUAAGCGAUACCAAAACAACCUUUUCAUCAGUUUAUUUUAGAUAUAUCUUCCACGGCUGACAGUUUAUUAAUUACUUUGUAAUUCUAGAGAUAUUAAAGUGUGCUUCCGUAUCAAAUGUCAUUCAUUUCUUUUAAUUAAAAUGGAUUUUACAUAUAUUUUGUGUUUUUUUAUUUGCUAUUUGACAUUACCGCAGAAGACUGUAACUGAAGAUGAAAUACCUGUUGUUGAAGGCGAUGGUGGCGUAAUAAAAACUGCUAUCGAAGAUGACGUUUUAGUUCUUACUAGAGAAAACUUUGAUAUUCAAGUUAUGUCUAAAGACAUUAUUCUUGUAGAAUUUUAUGCGCCAUGGUGUGGUCACUGUAAAUCCUUAGCUCCUGAAUAUGCAAAGGCAGCUAAAAUUUUGAAAGAGGAAGAAAAUCCUAUUUUCUUGGCUAAAGUUGAUGCUACAAUUGAAACAGAAUUAGCUUCUAGAUAUGAAGUAACUGGUUAUCCUACCCUAUAUAUUUUUAAAAAGGGAGAAAAAAUCGAAUAUGAUGGGCCUCGAACUGCAAUGGGGAUUGUGGAAUAUAUGAAAGAACGAGCAGACCCUAAUUGGAAACCUCCUCCAUCUGUUGUUAUUGAAUUAACUAAAGAAAAUUUCCAUGAAACUGUGAAAGAUGCUGAUAUAAUAUUAGUUGAAUUUUAUGCUCCUUGGUGCGGUCAUUGUAAACGUUUAGCUCCAGAAUAUGAGAGAGCAGCCAAAGUACUUAAUGAUUUACCUACUCCUAUACCAUUAGCAAAAGUGAAUGGAAUUGAUCAAAAAGAACUUGCUGAAGAAUAUGGAGCAAGUGGAUGGCCAACUUUGUUCAUAUUUCGAAAGGGACGCAAGUACUCAUAUGAAGGACCUCGCGAUGAAUUGGGGAUUAUUAAUUAUAUGAAGGAACAAGCAAAACCUCCUAGUGAAGAAUCAAAUUCAUACAAGCAUUUGAAAAAUGCAAUUGGAAAAAUUGAUACUACUGUUGUUGGAUUUUUUGAUUCCAAUUUAGAUGAUUUUUACAGAAACUUUGUGGAAGCAGCAAAUUCACUGAGAGGGAAGUUUACUUUCUUGCAUUCCUUUAAAACUGAUGUGAGAAAACAAUUAGGUUAUCAAAAGUCAACCAUUGUUUUGUUUUUACCCGAAUUAUUUCAUACAGAAUAUGAGCCCAAGAAAUAUGAUUUUGAUAAUGCUGAAGCAUCACCUUCUGAGAUCAUAGAUUUCAUUCAAAAGUUUUCACUGCCAUUAGUUGGAGAACGCAGCCGUAAAAGUCAGUGGAAAUAUAAUAAUAAAUUUCCUCUUGUGGUGGUAUAUUAUGAAGUGGAUUUCAGCUUUGACCAUCGUGUCCAAACCCAAUUAAUUCGCAAAGAAGUUGCAAAAGUUGCUAAAGAUUACAAAGGAAAAGUUACAUUUGCUGUUUCCAAUGAAAAUGAAUAUGAAGACGAAUUACAGACAUUAAAUUUAGAUGACAGUGGUGAAGAUGUCAAUGUUGGCUUUUUUGAUGCUAAGAAUGUUAAAUACAGAAUGGAACCUGUUGAAGAUUUCUCUGAAGAAGAGCUGAGAACAUUUGUUGAAGAUGUUCUUGCUGGUAACGUUCCAAAACAUAUUAGAUCUCAGCCAAUUCCGAAAGACAACAAAGGGCCUGUUUUGACAGUUGUUGGGAAAACAUUUGAUGAACUUGUUACUAAAAGCAAAAAAAAUGUAUUUCUAGAAUUCUAUGCUCCUUGGUGUGGCCAUUGUAAGAAAUUAGAACCUAUUUACAAGAAAUUAGGUAAAGCUUUUGCUGAUAAUGAUGAUAUUGUAAUUGCAAAAAUCGAUGCUACUUCAAAUGAUUAUCCUAAUGAUUUCCAAGUAAAUGGUUUUCCAACGCUAUAUUAUGUACCAUUUGAUGACAAGUCUAAUCUGGUAACCUACGAAGGUGAAAGAAAUUUGAAAGAAAUGACAAAAUUUAUUAAUGAACAGCUUUCCAAAAGUAAUAUUAAGGAUGAACUUUGAAAAUAAUAAACAUGAAUAAUUAAGAUUAUUUUGUUAUAAUUUUUUAGUAAUUUCUUUUCUUUAAUAUAUGCAUAUAUAAUGAAUUUAAAUAACAAAUUUGUUCCUUCGUAUUUAUUUCAUAUACACUGAUCCUAGUUUCUUUUUGCAUCAUGAAGGAAAGCUAUCUGAACUAUUGCAUUUACUUAAAUAUAUUUUUGUAGUGUGCAUAAACUUAUAUACAGUUUGUGGUUAUUGAAAACUCUGUCUAAAGAUUUUUACAGAAAAUUAAAUUUUCAAAAUUAGCAUUAUACUUAAGUUCUUAAAUUUAUCAUUAAUGCCGUAGGUCAUAUUGAAAACUGUUUCUGAGAAAAGAAUAUUUAUUAUGUAUCAAUAUAGAAGAUUCUGGUUAUUAUGCUUUGCUUUUUUUAUAUUAGGUAUAUAAGAAUUGUGAAAAAAAUUGUAUAUUAUGUUAAACCAAUUUCAUACUAUAUAUGCAAAUAAUUUUUGUUUGUUAUUUUUUGUGUUUAAGAUUAAUAGUAUUGUUUAUGUUUAGUAAUGUCAUAUAUUUACUGUUACAUUUGUAAUCCUUCAUACAUGCAGUGCAGACGCUGUACCAGCGCCUUUUUUCCCCAUCCAUUUCCUUAGCAAGAUUAUCACAACAACAGUAGCAUAUUUAAGAGAGGGGAAGGCAGAGCAUUUGAGUUAUUAUUGCUAAUAUUUUGAAAAAUUAAAAUGCAAAGUAAAACAAUAAAAAGUGUGUAAAGGAUAAGCUUGCUUAAUUGAUUAUUUUAAGUGUUAUGCAAAUUAAAUUGUAAUAAAAUUAACUUAAAGUAGAUUUUUUGCUUGAAAAGUAAGAGCAAAAUAGUACUGGGAAAAAUACACUAGUUAAGCAUUAAACAACACCAUAUCUAGACAUUAUAUCAUUUUCUAAAUUUAGUUUUAAUUGCCUUAUUAGUUUUCAAACAUUUUAAAAAUAUUUUUGUGAUAAAUAUAAACAGCCUUUAAAUAUAAAAUGUAUUGAUCAUUAUAUAAUUAUUUAUAAUGUGCAAAAUAUAUUGAUUCAAAAAUGUUUUAUAUAUUAUUAUUUAAAUUUAAUUGCACUUUUAAUUUUAGAACUCUUCAGAAAAAAAAAAGAAAAAAAAAUUACCUUCUGAAAGAAAUAAAGGGAAAGACACACUUUUAAUAUUUGCCCUGCCGCUGUAUAACAGUUGUGAUAAUACCUCAUGUUUUUUAUUCCACUCAUUAAUUUAAUUUAUAGGAAGUCUUAAUCAUUCCAUAUAUCCUUUUACUCUGAGCUUAUUGUAUUAGCCCAAAUCUGAUGGCUAGAUUGAUUGCUAACUGCACAUAUAAAAAUAUGGAAAAAAAAAUUUUUUUUUCACCACAAAUCUUUUUUUAAGAAGUACCUAAAUGUUUUUUUCACCACAUUUUAGUAGUAUUUUUAUGCUCUCUUUUGCCCUUUUAAUAAGAGCUUUACUACGUUGUCCUCCCCUUUUUAAAAUAUUAUUGGUGACUUAGCUGUAACAUAAGGUUUUAUAUCAUUAUAAGUAUUUAUUCAGUAUUUUUUCUGAAAACCUAAUUUCUUCCAAAAUGAAAAUUGUUCAACUUACACAAACGUGUCUUUACAGAAUAUGUAUUUAUUAGUCUUCCAUUAACAAAAUACUGCAUUGUAUUUUUUUUCAUUCUCCAUAUUUCUGAAUUAUGAAACUUUCAUAUAGCAGUAACAUUUGUAUGUUGUGGUGAUUUUUUUUCAAUGCUUUCGUUUUAAUAGUGUGAUGGUCACAAAGACAUUUCUUUACAAUUAUAAACUCUCAGAAAAUGUAUUUUUC